CGACACACGCCUCGUCGUCUCCUCCCCGCAAACCCUACCGGGCAGUCCAGUCUCCAUGGCCUCCGCCCGCGCCGCCCUCCUCCUGCGUCGCCAGUGCCUCGGCGCCGCCGCGGCCAACCCGUACCUCUUCUCUGGCCAUGGCCUUCGAUACCGCAAGCUCGAGGUCAUCCUCACCACGACGAUUGAUAAGCUGGGGAAAGCAGGGGAGGUGGUGAAGGUGGCGCCUGGCCACUUCCGCAACCACCUUAUGCCCAAGAUGCUCGCUGUCCCAAACAUGGACAAAUUCGCCAUACUCAUCCGAGAGCAGCGCAAGCUCUACCAACGUGAAGAGGAGGUGGUGAAAGAAGUCACGAAGGAAGAUGAUGAUGCUCGGCUACAGGAAGAGAGACUGAAGCAGUACCAAACGGCAGCAAAGCGGCUAGAUAAUGCACUCUUGGUGUUGAGGCGGUUUAUAUCGACUGGAAAUGAGCUGCGCACUCCUGUAACCAAAGAUGAAAUUGUCUCCGAGGUGGCAAGGCAACUGAACAUCAACAUCCAUCCUGACAAUCUGCACCUGCAGUCACCUUUGGUGUCCCUUGGUGAAUUCGAGCUACCGCUCCGCUUGCCACAGGAUAUACCACGCCCAGAAGGCAAGCUACAGUGGACUCUGAAUGUCAAGAUCAGGAGGAAAUAGUGUGAUAACAGGGGGAAUUUCAUUCACCGCCCAAACAAUUGUAGCCUUGAGAUCAAGGGACCUGUGGAAUAGGUUUUCAGAUCAAACGUUACGCUACUCAGAUGUGUAUGAUCUGCAUGCUUCCUUCCCGUUUUUUGGAAGCAGGGUGUUUGAUUUUUGCCGUCUGAACUUAUUUCCUGUCUUUGGACAGGAUUCCAUUUCUGGAGAUGUGAUUGUUAGAUAAUGUAGCGAGAAAUGUUGAAUAAUUUGUCUACAAUAGGACACGACAAAUCGUAUAUUGUCAUGGAUUUGUUUUGCGUCCCCAAUCAUAAUUGGAGUGUGAAUGAUAAAAGGGCAAGGAGCCAUAUCA